AUGUUUGAACCCCCAAAAGUGUAUUGUUUUCUUCGGCAAUACUUAGACCUAGCCGCAGAUGUGGACGCGUCCGAGUUCGUGGACGCCCUGGGCGAAGAGCUGGUGCGCUCGGCGUGCGCCGGGCGGCUGGACCGCGCCUUCCGCAGCCUGGGGGCGGGGCUGGAGGAGUUCCUGGCCACGCUCGACUCGGUGCACGACGUGCUGCAGGCGGACAGCGGCGGCGGCGGCGGCGGCGGCGGCGACGGCGCGGGCGAGGAGGGAGGGGGGCAGGGCGAGGGCGGCAGCGCCUUCGUCAGCACGGGCCGCGAGCUCAUCUUCUGCACGGAGCGCACGGCCGCCGCCCGCCUGCUGGCCGGCUCGCUGCGCGCCGUCGCCCGCCUGCUCUACAGCACCGACGUGCGCGUCGCCGUCAGCGACGGGCCCGAGCCCAGGCACUUCCGGUACGAGAUCGUGCCGGUGGGGCGCGCGGUGACGGAGUCGGGCGGCGACGAGGACGACGCGGACGUGGUGACUGCGGCGACGCCCCCCACGCCCGGCCCGCCCAGCGCCGUGGCGUCCGCCUCCACGGCCGCCUGCGACCUGCGCAUGGGCGUGGCCAGCUUCUGCAAGGCCUUCCCCUGGCACUUCGUCAUGGAUCGGCGCCUCGAGCUCGUGCAGGUCAGCCUCAGCCGCCCACGC